AUGCGGAGUUCUAUCGUCGUUUCUUCCAGCGCCUGCAGCAGUACCUGCCUGCGGACGCAGCCACGCCCGCGCCGCCUGCUUCGCCCGUACCUGCGACUCCGGAACCUGCACCGGCCAGGCACGGACCAGGGGGUGAGCGUGCGCGGCAGGUUGAUCGGCAUGGCCCUGCUGCUGGUGCCCGUGCUGGGGACGGCGGCCACGCCCGUGGACUGCACGCAGGGCCUGGCUGCAGCGGCUGGGCUGGCGCUUCGAAGAGGCGGCGGUGACCACGCCGCAGGUGCACGGCGGUGCCGUGUGCACGCGCGCCACGUUGGCCGAGGCGCAGGGCGGCGGGCGAUCUACGCGUGCAGUGGCCGGCCGCAAUGCCCGCUGCGGCCCGACAGGCACAAACUGCGGGCAACUGCUGGGACAACCCGGCCACGGUCUGCGCCUAUGCGUUCGAGCUGGGGGGCCGCCACGCAGCGUGCGGCGACCGCAUUGCAGGACAAUCCGACGUUCCGCUUCUCCGGUCCGCAGCUGGGCUGGAUCGGUUUCGGCGUGAAGGGUGCCGGGGGCGCAGGGCUGGCAGCGCACGCGCAGUUUCGGCCGCGCGGCAGCGUGCGUGCCGAAUGUGGCGUCGGCCGUCAGGUCGCGCAGCUGGCCACGCAACGCGAACUGUAUGGCGAUGCUGCGUUCGAUACCGAGUUCAAGCCCGCGGAACUGUCGAUUGGCACGUUCCUGGCGCUGCAUGACACCGACAGCAUCCUGCUGGUGCAAGCGCAGGUGAUUUCUUCGCCGAUGGCAAGGCCGUGCGCACAAUCGAUGAUGGGGCGGCAGGCGUUCGUUGGUGUGCCGGGUUUCAUCGAACAUGUGGUGGGCGAGGGCGCUGCGCAGGCGCUGGCCCUGCACGGCGGGCUGGCCUGGUACGACCAGCGUAAUGCCGAGUUGUGGAAGCUCGCGCAGGACAUCCCGCGCAUCGGCCAGCGCUACUUCGAGCGCCUGCUGUUCGAGCGCGACCCGGACCUGCGCGCACGGCUGGAACCGCGCUACCACGACACGCUGGCACGCAUGGACCAGCUGCUGGACGAUCCGUUCUACCAGCAGUUCGUGAUCUAUGUGCACCCGCGCGGUAUACGUCCCGUCGGCUACCACGUCGCCCCGCCUGCUUGA